AUGUCGAGCGAUAGCGACAUUGACGAAGACGAGCUCCUCCAGACCGCUCUCAAGGAGCAAGCGCAGCGCGAUGUCAAGCCUUCCAGGCCCCAUGCCAAUUUCGUCCGCCCACCGCCUCCUCCACCUCCGGCCAAGCAGAGGGAUGGACCGAGGAACCCUAGCUCGCAGUCGCAGAUGAAGAAGGCUCAGCAUCGGAUGUCGAUGGACGAUGACGAGGACUCCGAGGUCGAGAUGCUGAGUAUUUCCUCCGGGGACGAUGAACCUUCAAAGGACAGGGGGCUUGACUCGAGGAAUCGGGGCAGGAGCGGUGGGAGGGAUGAUGAUGCUGAAUGGGAUGGUGGGGAGCCUGAUUGCUGGAAGCGAGUUGAUGAGGCUGAGCUUGCUCGUAGGGUUCGUGAGAUGCGGGAGACAAGAGCAGUUCCGGUGGCUCAAAAAUUUGAGCGGAAGCCAUCAGCAAUUGCUAGAAAAGGUCUUAACCAUUUGCAAUCCUUUCCCCGUGGCAUGGAAUGUAUAGAUCCACUAGGACUGGGGAUAAUAGAUAACAAAACGUUAAGGUUGAUCACUGAGUAUUCAGAAAGCUCUCCAUCAAAGUCGGACAAAGAUUAUUUAAAUUCUAAUCUUCGCGAGAAGUUGGUUUAUUUCUCUGAGACAUUUGAUGCAAAGUUGUUCCUUUCUCGAAUACACCAAGAUACAAGUGGAGCAGACUUGGAGGCUGGUGCUCUUGCUUUGAAAACUGAUCUCAAAAGCCGGACGCAACAGAAAAAACAACUGGUUAAAGAAAAUUUUGAUUGCUUUGUCUCUUGCAAAACGACUAUUGAUGAUAUCGAGUCAAAAUUGAAACGGAUUGAAGAAGACCCUGAAGGUUCUGGAACUGCUCACUUGUUUAAUUGUAUGCAAGGAGUUAGUUCACUGGCUAAUCGUGCUUUUGGGUCUCUAUUUGAGAGACAGGCUCAAGCAGAGAAGAUCAGGUCUGUUCAAGGAAUGCUUCAGAGGUUCCGGACACUGUUCAACUUGCCUAGUUCAAUUCGUGGGAGUAUUAGUAAGGGUGAAUAUGAUUUGGCAGUUAGGGAAUACAGGAAAGCGAAGUCAAUCGUUCUGCCAUCACAUGUGGGUAUACUCAAACGUGUUCUUGAGGAGGUUGAAAAAGUAAUGCAUGAGUUCAAAGGCAUGCUUUACAAGGCCAUGGAAGAUCCACAAAUAGACUUGACAAAUCUUGAAAAUAUUGUGAGACUUCUGUUGGAGCUGGAACCUGAGUCAGAUCCUGUAUGGCAUUAUUUAAAUAUACAGAAUCACAGAAUUCGAGGUUUGCUUGAAAAAUGCACCUUCGAUCAUGAAGCAAGAAUGGAAAUUUUUCAGAAUGAGAUGCAUGAAAAAGCUCUUUCUGAUGCAAAAUGGAAGCAAAUUCAGCAAGAUUUGAAUCAGUCUUCAGAUGUUGACUAUUCUCUCACUUCUGGGAACACCCUUCUGCUGGGAGAUUCACAGCCAAUAGGCUUUACUGGUGCAGAAGUUGAUGCUCUUAGAGGAAGGUAUAUUCGCAGGUUAACUGCUGUACUUAUCCAUCACAUACCAGCCUUCUGGAAAGUAGCCCUUUCUGUUUCAAGCGGGAAAUUUGCAAAGUCUUCCCAAGUUUCCACUGAUUCCAAUGUUAAUACUUCUGCAAAUAGAAGUGUGGAAAAAGUUGGAGAUGGAAAGUACUCGAGCCAUUCUCUUGAUGAAGUUUCUGGAAUGAUACGCAGUACUAUAUCUGCAUAUGAAUCUAAGGUCCACAACACGUUUCGUGAUCUUGAAGAAUCAAAUAUUCUUCGUCCAUAUAUGAGCGAUGCCAUAAAGGAGAUAUCUAGAGCAUGCAAAGCUUUUGAAGCAAAGGAAUCAGCUCCUCCAGUUGCUGUUGCAGCACUGAGGACGCUUCAGUCUGAGAUUACAAAGAUUUACGUACUAAGGCUUUGUUCAUGGAUGCGGGCUGCAAUAGAAGAGAUAUCUAAAGAUGAAUCAUGGGUUCCGGUUUCAAUCCUUGAAAGGAACAAGUCUCCAUACAGAAUCUCUUCCUUGCCUUUGGCAUUCCGUUCAAUAAUGGCUUCAGCGAUGGACCAAAUCAAUUUGAUGAUUCAGUCUUUAAGGAGUGAGGCUACAAAGUCAGAAGAUACAUUUGUGCAGCUUCAAGAAAUUCAGGAAUCUGUUAGACUUGCUUUUUUGAACUGUUUGCUGGAUUUUGCUGGUCAUCUGGAGCAUAUUGGAAGUGACCUUUCCCAAAAUAGUUCAAACAAAGAUAGUCCCCAUUCACAAAAUGGAUAUUCGCAUGAAUUACAAGAAAAUUUGUCUGACCCUCUUCCUGGAAGUGUCAUUGAUCCACAUCAACAAGUUUUGAUGGUUUUGAGUAACAUUGGAUAUUGCAAAGAUGAACUUUCUCGUGAAUUGUACUACAAGUAUAGACAUGUCUGGUCACAAUCCAGGGGAAGAGAUGAAGAGGACAGUGAUCUGCAAGAAUUGGUUAUGUCUUUCUCUGGGCUUGAAGAAAAGGUCCUUGAACAGUACACUUUUGCAAAGGCAAAUUUGAUUAGAACAGCCGCCAUGAACUAUUUAUUGGAUUCUGGAGUUCAAUGGGGGGAAGCACCUGCAGUCAAGGGUGUGCGAGAUGCUGCUGUAGAGUUACUGCAUGCUUUAGUAGCUGUGCAUGCAGAGGUCUUUGCUGGCUGUAAGCCCCUACUGGACAAGACGCUUGGUAUACUCGUCGAAGGCCUAAUUGAUACUUUCCUCAGUCUUUUCCAUGAAAACAAAACAAAAGAUCUUAGGUCAUUGGAUGCAAAUGGUUUUUGUCAGCUCAUGCUUGAGCUUGAAUAUUUUGAGACCAUAUUGAAUCCAUAUUUUACACCCGAUGCAAGGGAGUCUCUGACGGCUUUACAAGGGGACCUCCUGGAGAAAGCCACUGAGAGUGUAACCGAGACUAUUGAGACUCCACGUCAUCACCGGCGGACGACUCGUGGGAGUGAAGAUGCACUUUCAGAUGAUAGACAGCAAGGGAUGACCGUGUCACCUGAUGACCUCAUUGCCCUUGCCCAGCAGUAUAGCUCAGAACUACUUCAAGCAGAGCUGGAGAGGACUCGGAUUAACACAGCAUGCUUCGUGGAGACAUUUCCGCUGGACUCAGUUCCAGAAUCAGCUGUGGCUGCUUAUGCUUCUUUUAGAGGAUCAAUGGAUUCUCCCAGCAGAAAUUUCAGAGGUUCACAAUCUGUUGGAUCCCCAGGUUUCUCCCGCCAAAGACGGAAAUGAAUUCAUUAGUGCCCCUAUUCCUUAUAUUAUUAUUAUUAUUGUUAUUAUCAUUCCACCAUUUAUUGUUUGUAUUGUUGUAUAAAUUCGGAUUCUACAUUCUUCCCAUACAGAAGUCAUGUUCUUUGGAAAAUUUUACUUUCAACUGGACUUUGUGGCUUUCACUUUAAACUAGUCGGAAAAUAUGGGUUGAUCGCUAA